AUGUCAUGUUCAGAUGCUGCAAAUUUGAAAAAAACACGUUAUUCAGGACCACAUAUAUUUGGACUUCAAUUAGAAAUACUUCAACAAAUAAGAGAUAAUCGUCAAAGGGCAACUUUUUUAAAACCAUUUGAUAAUUUAACCCCAACUGGACAAAACAAUCAG